AUGUCAGCGUCUAAAGGAAGAAAGAAAUCAGAUUUAAAAAAAAUUGAUGAUUCGUUUGUAGAAAUUAAUAAAGAUUCUCCGAAGAAAUCAAGGAGUGGACUACAAGAAGAUAAAGCCUUAUUAAAAUUACGAGCAUGUUUAUCAUGUCGUAUGUUAAAAUCGGAAAGUGAAUUUUAUCAAAAUGGUUGUAUUAAUUGUAAGUUUUUGCAACUAGCGGGAGACAGGCACAGAAUUCAUGACUGCACUACAGAAAACUUUAAUGGCUUUAUGGCUAUUACAACUCCUAAUAAAUCUUGGAUGGCACAAUAUAAUGAUUUGAGUAAAUAUGCUCCUGGCUUUUAUGCUUUACAAGUUAUAGGAGAAUUACCGGAAUCGAUAAGAGACCUAAAGCCAAAUUAUUGA